UUACGUAUCUUAUAAGAACAACAUUCGAGAAGGAAACAAAGGACGGUUAUGGGAACAAAUGGCUCUUAUUCGUCGACGAAAAUUUUAACACGCAUGUUAUGAAUUUUACUGAAAUUCCCGAUCAAGGCAUGCGUUUUGGGAAACCUUAUUUUCGUUUAUAUACGAGGAUUAACCGCAAUGAUCCGGAAUUAUUAAGCAUUUCCGCCAAUAACUCAAAAUUAAACAGUACUUAUUUUAAUGAAAUAAACGAUAUUAAACUGUUAACGCACGGUUGGCUAGGCGAUGACAAAAUCAGCUGGUUGCAAAACAUGAAAGAUUUACUUCUGGUAUAUUACGAUGUCAACGUCAUUACUGUCGACUGGGGUGAACUGGCAAAGAAUCCAAUAUAUCCAUGGUCGGCUAUAAGUACCCGAUACGUGGGGAAGGAAAUAGCGAAAUUGCUGGAUGUUUUCACGAAGAGUUACGGUGUACAAACCAACCGAAUGCAUUUAAUUGGCCAUAGCCUGGGAGCACAUGUGGUGGGAAACGCAGGAAUGUUUAUGAAAAGUAAAGUACAUAGGGUCACAGGGUUAGACCCAGCACGGCCGAUGUUCGAAAUUCCACUAAUACCUGCAGAUUUCCGAUUGGAUAAAAGCGAUGCCAUCUUCGUAGAUAUAAUACACACGUGUGGUGGUCUGUUUGGAUACCAGGACAGCCAUGGUCACGCCGAUUUUUAUCCCAACGAAGGAAUCUCCGCGCAACCUGGCUGCGAAGGCGGAACGAUAUUAAAAGCUGCUUGCAGUCACAAUCGAUCUACAGUUUAUUUUGACGAGUCCAUCGAAUAUGUGUUUGGCAAAGGAUUUGUGGCGUACCCGUGCGAUAGCUGGGCAAGAUUUACGAAAGGUCUUUGCAAAGAGAACAAGACGUCUAUGGGAUAUUCUGCUGCAACGGAUAUCACAGGAGAUUACUAUUUGUACACUAAUAAUGCUUCGAAUUACGCAAUUGAGGACGACUGA